AUAAAGCAGUAAGCGUCCAGAUGGCAGCUACCAAUCAUCUCGUCUCCUGGCACCCGCUAUAAAGUGACAAGAGAAGGAGGUGCCGCACAAAGCGCUUUGUGUGCUACAAAGCCAUCAAGGCGUGGCCACGCUUGCCUCGGUGCUCAGGGAUGUUUUCCAGCAAAAGAAAUUAGAUGCUAGCCCGGGGCUAACAAAUUUGCUGGCUGCACGGGAGACAUGGGCUCCGCCGAGCGCACACGGAAACACAGAAACGACAACAAUGAUAACUUGGUGUUUCUCACACCAAUGGUUAACAGUUGCAAGUUGCGCCCAAAGACCGGCAAAUUAUUACCUGGGAGAGGCCAGCGAAUGGUCGCAUAUCAUGAUUAUUUAAAGGAUUCAGGUCUGAAUCUAAAGGCAAGUUCGCUUUACCCAGAUUAUUCUUAUUCCCAUCGAGACCCAUCUCUUAGUGCUGCCCCCUACAGUUUGCCCUCAGUUCCUUUUACUCCAAAUGAGAUCCGGAACAGGCCAACUCGCAGCGCCCCUCACCCCAAGUCAACAGGUGGCAACGGAGCGUACCAUUUCAACGCCACCUCCGGUUUCCCCAUCAUUCACUUCCAUUUGGAUGAUGUGGGAUCCAGUCUUCAUCGAAUUGACUUGGACAGGCGCUGCCUAGAUGAGUGUCCACAGUUUGGCGCCUUGGAGGACUUGCAAGUUCUCAACCUGCAGCACAACAUGAUCGCUACCAUCAGUCAGCUGUCACUCUUGACGCAGCUUGUCAUCCUCAACUUGGACGACAACCACAUCACCGAUAUGAGCGGCAUCCAAGCACUUACCUCCCUUAGGAUCCUCAAUUUGGCAAAUAACAGGAUUUGUCAAAUCACCUGCUUGGAUAAUCUAUCCAAGCUUCACAUCUUGGAUUUGCAUCAUAAUCAGAUCAGCAAGAUGGAGAACUUGAACCAUCUGACCGAGCUACAGGUGUUGAACCUGGCUGGGAACAACAUCUCCCGAGUGGAGAACCUCCAGGGCCUGGACUCCUUGACGGAACUCAACCUGCGACACAAUCACAUCUCUUUUGUGGACGAGGUGGAACGUCUGCCCCGCUUGCGGCGACUCUUUCUCAGCUGUAAUAACAUCAGUAGUCUCCACCAGCUAGGCUGCUCCAGGGACCCGCUCUCCCUUUCCGAGCUUACCCUGGAUGGGAACCCCGUAGCCCUGGAGACAUGGUACAAGCAAGCUGUCCUGCGCUGUGUGCUUCACCUCAGACAGCUGGACAUGAAGCGCAUCACGGACGAGGAUCGGCGCAUGGCUGGUGUGCAGGCUCGGAAAGAGGAGGAGAAGAAGAAGGAGAGUCACAAGCAGACCAUUCAUAAGGAGAAGCGGCGUCUCGCCAUCCGUAAUGCGGCGCAGCAGUGGGAGGGCGUCGUCGCCGCCCGCCUGGAGCUGCCGUCGACGUGUACGACAACCAACGGCGCCAAAGAAGAAGUCAGCCCGGAGAACAGCCCCGCCCACUGCCACACGCAGACCAACGGGUUAGCUCAGGAGCCUUCGCCCGAUGAGCCACGACGGGUGAGUCCGGGUUUUGGACCGGAACGGAUGACGGGUGGACCCGAAAACCGUUUCCGCACCAACAGCCGUCCAAACAGCCCUCGAGAUCCAAAACCCACGGAAGCAGGAAGCGUGACGAGCCUGUCGCUGUCCGACAGUCAUCUGGCCGAGCUGGACGGCGACACCUUGCGCUUGUUCGGCCCGGGUGCCCUGGAGGCACUGGAGAGGGGCUGGGGGGUCCAGACGGCCGGCGCCGUCACCGUCAUCGCCUUCCGUUACAUCCACUUUGAUGCCAUUGUACCAACGCUGCCCAGGAUCAGGGUCAAGUUCCCAAAUCUGGCGCAUCUCAUUUUCCUGGAAGCCAACAUCAGCCGCCUGCCACAGUUGGCCGCAGUGGCUCAGGUUCGCCGUCUGGACCAGCUGACCAUACACCCGCAGGGCAACCCGGUGGUGGGCCUCGCCUUGUGGCGCUCCUUUGUCAUCUACCGUCUCCACCAUUUUAACCUGCAGAAGAUCAACGGUCAGGAGGUCACCAUGAAUGAUGUCAUCGCUGCCGAGCGCGUCUUCGGUACGCUGGGCCACGUAGCGGCUACCGAAACACCGCGGUGCCGUCUUCUCUUGCUGCUGGAGGAGUCCAGGAAGCGGCAGCUGCAGUUCCUGUUGGAGGGGCGCGGCCGGCGUGCAGGGCUCAGCCCGGAGGAGCUGCGGGACAACGGGAAGCUGGCGGGCGAAGGCCUGAGCCGAGCACUCUUCAACUAUCCGAGCCGGGACGGCAGCACAGACAGCCCGGAGGAAGGCGCCGCCGAGGCAUCCGAGCGCGGCGCCACCGUGGACCUGUACCUUCAGGAUCUGGUGCGCCGGGCUUCAGAGACUAACGUGAAGGGCGAGGCCCUGCACCGCCUGUGGCCCAGCAUGUUCGCCGAGAUGGUGCGCGACUGCGUGCUGGAGAUGCGCGACCGAGAAGCCUUCCGCCAAGCCAGCCUUGCCAAGCUGUCCAAGUGAAUGAGGACAGCUCGUGAUUGCCAUCAUGACCCCUCAUACUUUAUGUUCAUGUCCCACGUGUGUUGCCUGAGAAAAGAUGGUACUGGUGGACGGGAAAUGCUUGAGGAGAAACGUGGAUUAUGUGUUUAGAAACCGAGGAAAAGUGGCGUUCAUUUUGGGCUGCAGACUGGAAU